AUGCUUGCUUUUUCAACUCAAGGCUGGCUGUAUGAAUUGUCAGAAAGGACCGACGCGUACUACGGCGCCAACAUGACCGGUGGGCCAAGCAGAAGCAGCAUCUACAUCUCCAGUCUGUACUUCAUGAUGAGCAGCCUGACGAGUGUUGGUUUCGGCAAUGUUUCGCCCAACACAAGCAACGAAAAAGUGUUCUCCAUCAUUGCAAUGCUUGUCGGUGCUUUAAUGCAUGCGGCGGUGUUCGGAAACGUCACUACAAUCAUCCAGAGAAUGUACACACGACGAUCGACAUAUCAGACGAAAUAUCAGGACUUGAAGGACUUCACGAGGGCGCAUCACUUGCCGAAACAGUUGCGCCAGCGGAUGCUUGAAUUCUACCAAGCCAUGUGGUCCAUCAAUAGGGGCAUCGACAAACAAACCAUAAUGCAAGUCUUUCCUGAGGAGAUGCGAGGGGACAUUGCGCUGCACAUAAACCGCGAGAUGCUAUCGCUUUCCGUCUUCAAGUCGGCAAGCAUCGGCUGCCAGAAAAGCAUUGCCCAACUCAUCGAGACGCGGUUUGCAACGCCCGGCGAAUUCCUUGUCCACAAGGGCGAUGCCAUUAAAAACCUCUACUUUGUGUGCAGUGGUUCCCUUGAGAUUCUCGGGGAAUCUGGCUCUGUGGUGGCUCUAUUGGGGAAGUGCGACCUUUUUGGCACAGACAUCGACGACCGACCAUUCAUUGGCCUCUCUGCGUAUGAUGUAAAGGCGCUUACGUACUGUGAACUGCAGUACCUUGUGCUUGAUUCAACUCUCUUCUGCAUUCUGGAUCUUUACCCUGCCUACUCCAAGGAGUUCUCCGCUGCCCUCCACGAUGAACUCUCUUUUAACAUCAAGGAGGGUUAUGAUCCGUUUGCACAUGAUGAAGUCGAGACACUGGCGGCAAUAACAAAGCCUCAGUGCUCACCGCAGGAAAGUUCACGUGCCUCGUUGAAACCGCCUCUGGAAAUCAGCUCUGGAUCCCAAAUCAGAAGCAGCGUAAGCAGCCUUCAGAGGUCGGUGGAAGAAGGAGAUCCUAACCUUUCUCCAGAUCCCUGUGGAUCUCACGAACAUCUUCUUGGACGUGCACGUGGUAACCGCUGGUAUCUGCCCUCCUCUGUGGAUUAUGAUGAUCCGGACGAGACUUUUAAGCGAAGAGUUUCAAUGAAUGGUGCUGGUACUAAGAUAGCCUUGACCUUGAGAGACAAUCGACGUCAUUUUUCCUUAGGAGAGAUUUGUGAUGGCAAAACCAAUCCCCCCAUAGGCCCGUUUCUCUCUUCGUGCCGGGAAAGUGAAGGCUCAAAUUCGGCCAGACAACUGUGUUCGAUGGAGGUAGUUAAUGAAAGGUUUCUGAACGAAACGACACAAAACAGGGCUCCUCCACCAUCCCCCUGCACGACAUCUCUUCCUGCCGACCCCAGUUGCGAAGUCCAAGUCAGCAAAUGCGAACCCGACGAGUUAAAAGACCUUCUCUGCAAACUAAUUCAGGAUGUCCAAGAAAUGCGCGUUGAGCUUCGGUCACUGGCGACUGACGUCAGCAUUCUGAAGCACCAGCAGCAUCAGCAAAAACAGCAACAGCAACAAGAUCAACAUGUGACAGGCCUUAACUCUUCCCCACAGCGAUCCGUUCCAAAAGCUAGCAUCAUGAAGUCGCCAACAACCCCGAAUUUUACAGUGGACCAAUCACCCGAAUCGACUAACUCAUCCGAGGAUGGUUUUGGAAAGAAGGGUUCCCGAAGUCUGAUAUCGACGGGAGGAAAUGUCUUCUUUAGCAGCACCUGUUCGCAACCCCGUUGCGUCAAAUUCAAUUUGCCGGAGAAACCUAGAAAAAUCAAUAUGGAACGACAUCUGCAUGUGCUAGAUAAACGUCGUGGUAGCUCAGAGGUGUCAUCUAGUUCCUCCGACGCUCUCAUAGGCCUGUCUUCAGCCGCAGAGAAUAGAAAAUAA